AACGAUAGCUUCGAUGCUAAUUAUGUCUGCUUUUAUAAUGAAAGCAUCGCUACGUUAAUACUCAUUUUGUGUUGAGAGCUUGGUGGGUUAAUAUCAAUCUACUACUAGUCAUAUCGAUUGUGUUAUUAUCAGAGAUUUGUAGUAGGAAUAUAAAACACAUUGGAAAUAAUUUCAUUGAUAGCUAUGUUGCAUAGAAAUGGAUCUAGAUACUAAUACAACAAUGGAAAUAAUACAAUACUAUCCCGGUGGUGAACAUGGAAUUGUUCAUUUACUGAAUAAAAACUCUUCAAAAGUUUUCAAACGUCUUUCUGAUGAAAAUGAACAAAAUCAGAGAAAUUGGGAAUUUUGGUUGACAGCAGUGCCACUUGUGGCCCUAGUUAUUACAACGAUUAUUGCAAAUGGUGGCAUAUUAGUGAUAUUUUUACGAAAUCGUUGUAUUCGAAGAUGCAGGAACAUUUAUAUUUUGAGUCUCGCAUGUGCUGAUCUUCUUCUUGGAUUAACGAUGCCGUUUUCUAUAUUACAAACACUAAACAGAGAGUGGGCAUUAUCACAAGGACUAUGUUGGACUUACUUAAUGAUAAGGUAUGCCUUAUACUUUGUUGUUUUAUUAAGUAUGAUAUUAUUAACAGUUGAUAGAUGGUGGUCAAUACAUUUUCCCAUCUCGUAUCGCGUGAAACAGAGCAGGAAAAUUGCAUGUAUACUAGUCGCUUGUUGUUGGAUGUCCAGUCUUGUAUUACACAUUCCUUUAGCCAUAUGCUGGCAGAGUUUAUACGGUGACAUUACUCCAGAAAAACUCUGCCAUAUUCCAAAUCAACAUAGUCUUGUGAUCAACGUUAGUGCCUCAGUACUAGAAUAUGUCCUUCCAAUGGUUGUGCUGAUAUCCCUCAACAUUGGGAUUUAUUUAAAACUUUUAAGACGUCGAAACAACACGAAGAUUAGACGCUCUUUGAGUACGACUGAAACCUAUAUGUUUGAAACGAGACGAAAAAGCUCGAAUGACUCAAAUCAAAGUACCAGCAAUCCAAAUUCUGAAGAUGACGUAUCUCCUCUACCACCACGCCGUGAAUUUAGAAAUGUCCGUAGACAAACAAUUGUGUAUCAAGGAAAUAGAAGAAGUACACUUACUGGUAAAAAAGUUAUGCGUCAAGGUAUGCUCUUGGGAGCGAAAGGGAGAAGCGCUUCAAUGGACACUGCUACCCUUAUUACUGGAUUCAAACUACGACAAAUGCAAGGAUUUAAAAACUCUUUUCCAACAAGAAAACAAAGUGACGAAGUUGUAAAAGGAUAUUUGUUGCGUCAAGACAAGAAAGCAGUGCUAUGUGUAAGUCUAUUGACAUUCAUUGCGUUUAUCUGCUGGACUCCAUACUUUAUUACAAUUAUUAUAGAUACAUUUACCAGUAUAGACUUGUCACAAACUGUUAAACAAAUCGUGUAUUGGAUUUUAGCAACUAACGCUGCUAUUAAUCCAUUCUUAUACGGAUUUUGUAAUCAAGACUUUAGAAAAGUACUGAAAACAUGGACAACGUGUUCAAAAUAUGAACAAUACAAAAUUCAAGAAGCUUUAAUUUAUUGUAAACUUUUGCAUAAUUGUGAGAUAGAAGUACAGAAAGACUUUCCUAGUCAGUGAUCGAUUGAUGGCCACAUUCCAGGCAAAAAACAAAGAGGUUAUAUUUUGUAUUCCUUUCAUCAUGUUUCUAUUUUUGUUUCAUCAGUCAUUUUAACUGAGUAAUGAAUAAUUAACUGUCUUCACGAGUGUCAUUGAAAAUGAUUUCCUCAAACUUUGUGUAUUAGUGUUUUCAUAUCUUACGUUAUGUUAGCUUUCCAAUUGUGUCAAAGAUUUACUUAUUUUGUAACAAAUAUUUUUCGUUUCAUGUUCAAUGCCAAAUUACUUCCCACUUCAAUAUAUUUCGUUUAGGUCAAGUGUGUGUUAAGUGUCUAAUAAUUAUUUCAUUUAAGUGCCAAUUAUUUUGUUUAAAUGUUUUAAUUAGUUGAUUUAUAUGCCUAAUUAAAGUGAAUAGCUUACUUACAUGCAACAAAAUAUUGAUUUCAUUUCACAUCUGAUAUUUAUUGCACUAUUCAGGCUACGCAAAUUUAAUUUUUAGUAAUAAUUUGGUAGAGGAAGAUAAAAAAGAGAGAGCAAAUUAUUAUUUCUUUUGCUGAAAUCCAUUUAAAAAAGUUAAAUACGAGAUGAAAUUUUAUUUUGGAAAGAAAUUUAGAUGAUUACAAUAAAGAUUUUUUUCUUAAUUUCUGGAGGACUAUAAGAUUUUUAUAUUUCAAAAUGUGCAAAAUUUGGGCGAUUUUUUGGUGGGCAUACCAUUGAACUAAAGAUCAGUUCGGUAUUGCCUUACAAAUCACGAUAGUGCAAAAAAACAACGAAAACGAAAUGGCUUCAGGUGCGCGACCUUAUCGUUUAUAAUAAUUACAUACCUAAAUGGAAAGAAGGUGUUUAAUAUAUAAUAUCUUUAAUAUCAAUGUACGUCUGAUUAAUUGAACUGUGAAAUUAACUAAAGAAAGUGGAAAAUACAUCUGUUCGGUGUAAUAUUUGUUCAGCUUUUCUUUGCUUCAGCUGAUAGUUCGGCACAUCUCCAAAUCAUAAAUAAUUGUAUACUUGUACUGUCAUAACAAUUAGUGUACCCCAUGUUAUUUACACCUCAACAUGUGUAUUUAUCAUCUUCUUAAUGAAGUUAUUAUUCUGAUGAACCUACAACUGUAUAUAAUUAUUCCCGUAAUAUUUUUUAUGAGAGAACAAUAAAACUUGCCGAAAUUAUUUAUGAAGUAUCUUAUUAUCCGUAUCAGAUCAAUAUUUGAUAAAUAAGAUGUUGCAUUAUAUAGAUAGCGAUCCUUUAAAGAUUAAUACGUUGACAGAAUUCGAUCAAUGGGUAAAUUAAGUUUACAUUCUUGCUGGCGAGAACAGUAAACUUAAUUCGUUUCGUAAAAAUUGAGUUAUUGGCUACGAUUUGCUUUUUGAGUACUCGUUCGUUCACUUGUUUGAAAUCACCCUUUUUAUGUUGUUAUCAGCAUUUUUCAUUUUACAUCGAAAAAUCUUCAUGUUUGUACUCGUAUUAAAUGAGAAUACAUUAUUUGAAUACUGUUCGAAAUGUCGAGAAUUAUUUUUAUAUUUUUUAAAAAUGAAUGUUUAAAUGUAUUUUUUUUUAUAUGUGUCUUUGUCUUUGAUUGUAAUGUGUUUGUCGUUAAUUAAUGUAAACUUUGUCGAAGUUGUUUUUUUUUUUACAUGUUGCUAAUAAUACGUUAUUUGCGAUCAUGCAUUUCGUUGCGGAAAAAUAAUAAUACAUAUUUCUUCAAAAUAAUUUCCAUGACUACAAAACGAAUUGCACGACUUUUGUGGGAAUAUGUAUAAUUUUGCCGUCGGGAACUGCAUGGACACAGAUAAUUUAAAAGUGUAUGUAGAGAAAGAUUACAUGAAUUUAAUGAAAUGUUGUGUUUAAUACGCCUGUGAUUGUUUAAGCCAAAAUGUGAUAUUGUGCUGUGCACUACCAUUAUGUUAUUACAUUUUACUAUGUAUGAAUAAAAAUAGAUAUUUA